AUGUCCUUCGGGUUCUCCACUGGAGACAUCAUCGCGGUCGGCAAGCUUGUUGCUGAUGUCGUGAAGAGCCUCCAAGACUCGGGAGGGGCCAAAUCGGAUUACCAAGAACUUCUUCGAGAGCUUGAGUGCCUCGAACAAGCUCUCCUCCAUCUCGACCGACUUCAAGCUACCAGCGGCACAUCUACCCGAGAUCUCGACUCGAUAAAGCAUGCAGCACUGAGUUGUCGGUACCCGCUCGAGGCAUUUCUUGCCAAGAUGCGGAAAUACAAUGAUACACUGGGCCUUCGGCCCAAGAAAGGGGCUCUUAUAAGAACGAAUGCAGCCAAGUUGCGAUGGUCACUGGGGAAGAAAGAAGAGGUGGCGAAGUUGCAAGCUUACCUGAGCGUGCACUUGGGAACCAUCAACGUCCUCCUCAGUGAAUAUGAGUUGGAGGCCCUUGGUGCGCUCUCACAGAAGACUGAGGGGUUUCACAUGCAUGUCCGAGCCACGCUUGACGGCGUGCGAAAGGUGGUGGACAUCACUGCUGGAAACAUAAAUGCACAGAGUCGACUCGUGGGGGCCAACAAUUCUAUGCUUACCACGCUGUACCAAUUGGUCUGCGGUGAGCUGUCGACAAGCUUCAAGUCCCUGCUCAACAUGGUUUCCACUGUUUGUUUAACCACGCAGCAGAUCUACAGUGUCGUCCUUGAAAUCAAAUCCUCAUUGUCAGGCCCGGACACCCGGUGGACAUUCUUCCAGGAUCCCUACCAGGUCGAGGACGCUCUCGGUUUCACGUUCCCCAUUCCCUCUGAAUACGACUUCCACCUCAUAAACGUGAUUAUCAAAGCGCGAUUCCGAAAUGGCCCUGGUUCUGAAUAUGUACGUCUUGGAAUGUAUGAACUGCUCCAGACGAGGGACACUAGCCAAGCUAUAUCUGAAGGAACAUUCCUUCGGCCAGGUACAAAAAUCAAAAUGGCCAUAAUCAUUGAAAUGCCAUAUUUUGGUUGGAUGACUGCCACUUGUCUCAUACCGAAAAACUUCUCAAGGCGAAACACAGUGGUCCCUGGAAGGGGAAGAAUAUGGUGCGUGAUUCCGGAUAGAUGA